UGUGUUUUAUUGUCGUCGAGUCCGCCAUAACUUGGUACUAAUCAUCAGCAUCAAAUUUGAAGAAUCAUAACUAUAUUUUUGACGGAAAAUAGUAUGACUCUAGCUAUUUAAGCAUUUGUAUUCAUUUCUUAUUGUUAGUUCUCUAUUGAUUUGAUCGAUUCGUUCCUUUCAAACCUUAUUCACAACGGAUAUUGUCGAUAAAAAUAAGUCGUAAAUGUCAGGUCCUAUGAUGCUCAUUGAACACCCAAGUUUUGUCACCUUAGCAACGUAGAGCCACGGGUUUUUUUCUUUUUGUAGAACGCCACCUUUGGAAUGCCUGAUAUGUUCGGAAGGAGUCAAUAGAUAAUUGCAAAAAUGUUUAACUGAUCCUACUCUUAGCAUUUGAACCGCAGUGAUUCCCUUUCCUUGUGGAGGAAAAUUGACUCACUGCCUAUGUUGUCGAGAACGGACUGUAUGAAAGAGGUCAAACCGGAAAAGAAAGAAAGAUUAGUUACCUUCAUUUGCACUGAACAAUUAGUUAAUUAAGCCAGGUUUCGCUCUGUUGAAAGGAAUAUGCCUCGGUGUCUGAUACGAACACGUACAGUAUUUUCUCGAGCACCUCAGCAUAUUUGGUAAUAAGCUUCCUCCAAUUGUGCCUGACAAGAUAUAACCACGUUACCUUGAACAAAUUCCAUGAGUUUUGUCUACUUUGGUGUCCUAACGUCAUGCAAUAACGUACAAACUGGUUCUAAGGCUAACUUAUGGAUCCGACGUCUUCGAUCAGGGGUUAUUGUUACGCAAUACACGACUCGUAAGAUAUUAGUCGAUAAUGUUUUUUCUCUUCCUUGUUAUCCAAAUAUGGAAAUUGUAAAGAAAGAAUAAGUACAUUUAUGUUUUACUUCCUUUUGCUUUCCAAGAAUUGACCAAGACUGUAAUGUGAACUUUAACCAACAGUUUAUAUUCAGUUCUACGAGGAUUCAAAGGUAAAUAUUUGUUAACUGUCUGGUUUAUUGUGCUCGUUGUAAAGAAGCAAGAGAGCUUUCUUUGGAGCUGAACUGUAUCAACAGAAAGACAGAGCAUCCCCUGAAAAACUCCGCUGAAUUCGCCUUGAAGAUGGCAGCAACUCCGUUCUCGCUCGAAGGAGUGCUAACAUAUUUAGCAGAAACGUUCACAGCCGGUGUGAUUCAAUCUUAUCAGGGGCAGGGAAUCCUUGAAAACCUCCCUUUGGCAGAACGACAAGAUCCUUUGCAAGAUUUUACAAAGUUCAAUCCGCAAGACACGGUCUUCCAGGAGUACGAUGCGCCACCAGACGACGAUAGCAAAAUGGCAUGGAAGAGAUCUCGGCCAGAAAAAUGGUGGAUGUCGCUUUGGAAGGCCAUGAAACACGCAUUUUACAUUCAAAUUGUAGGUGGGAUGGCACUCGGUUCGCUUGCUAUUCUAAUACUGAUUUUAGACUUUAAUUCCGUAGAUCUCUGCUUUGAUAAGCAGUCUACAAAUUGGAAGGCACUUACUAAACGGACUCAGGCAGUGAUAGUUACUGCGGCAACUAGCGAAGCUUACGUUGUUCAAAUGUGGACACUUCUUGUCGUGCUGGUGAUGUUUGGAUGGCCGGUGAUUAAGAAACUGAACCUGCUGACCCUGAAUUUGCUCGGUGCGUUUCUUGAUAGCUGCUAUAGACUAUAUCUUCAGGUUUAUGGAAACUACAUGGUAUCCUGGAGGUCGCUUCCUCUGAACGGUCUGUUCGUGUCGCUUUUGCUCAUGAACAGUUUACUACUUGGUAGAGAAGUCGCAAAGAAUAACGAAGCACUGACAACAAGGAGAUCUAAGAUAAAAAAAACCUUGAAAGUUUCUGCGAUGCUGACGGCUCAGUUUGCUUUUGGCAUACCGAUCACAUUUUACCUUGUUUAUAAGCUGAUUCCGCUGUAUAGAGAAGCAAAUGAAACCAUAAGAGUGAUCAUCGCUGGCGGACUCCCGCUUGUAACUGCCAUACCAAAGGUCAUCGUGCGUUUGGCGGCGCAAAGAAUCGACUUCUUUCACCCAGGAGACGCGCACGUGCUUUUGAGUGUCCUGUAUUACGCCUCCGCCAUCGUUUUCCGUGUGAUGCAGGCAGAUCUCACCAGCCUUCGACUGUUCAUAGCGCUGAGCUUCGCACACGGCGCAGCGGAUUUGCUAGAAAGGGUGACCAUUGUUUUGCGGGAUUACUUUUGGUAUUUUAUUUACAAGAAACUGAAACGAGACGGUAGAGAGACGUUCAUUGCCGCAAAUAAAUUUCGCACCCCGAGGAGUAUGCGCUUCAUCGCAGACAUGAGCAUUCAGAUUAUUCUCGGAGAAUCAACAGCUCUGAUCGCAGCCGUUGGAUUCAUACAGCUGUUUAAAUUCAUGUACUCCCCUGAAACAUCGUCCUCAUCCAACGUCCAAUUUGUAACACAGUUUUUUGUUCGCGUGUCUAUUGCUCUAAGUAUCGAUUUCUUCUUCAAUUCGUUCUCGUUUUGGUUGCAAAUGUCUUAUUUAAAUGUUGCGGUGGUGCGAGUUUGGAAGAAGAAAUGGCGUAAGCAUAUGCUUGUUGCUUUCAUUCUGACUGCUCUGACGUUGUGUUACUUCACGACUCAUUUGUUUGCAGUGGUUGAAGCGAAGAACACUGCAGGCGCCAAAAAGCCUGCUUUUAAUUGUACAAGGCCAUUUGCAAAGUUUUAGAUCGUAGUUUCCUCGAGAAAACUAACUCCUUCCCAUUCCGAGAAAUAUUCCAGUCUUUUGCCACAAAACAACGCCAUUGACUUAUCAGUGACGUUGUUAAUAAUCAGUAUUAGAACCACAGGCAGCCCAAGCUCACGUCUCGAGA